AUGCUUCAUAUCAAUUGUCCUGUAAUUAAUGCAUUUGCACUUCCUCCUAUUAAGGAACGCAAAUGGAGAUGGCUUGAAACGCAGAUGUUUCCCUUGGGUUCUGUUACUCCUUCUCUCAUGGACAUAGAAACAAACCUCAAUGAAAACUAUGCCUCACAACCUAUGCAUUUGCAAGAAAACUACUUGAGAUCCAGAAUGAAAGAUGACAUUCCCUUUGGAGACCCUUCUUCACAGUGUUUUCUGCAAGACUUUCCUCGCAUUGAUCAGUUUAAUGUGAAUGACUACUCAUCCAAUCCAGUUUUUGGCAUCCAAACUUCAAAUUUUGAUCCUUUUGAUCAUAAUGUAACAUGCGAAUCUGCACCUGCUGAUUUUGAAGUUUAUGAGUGCAAGCCUUUUCCUGAGAGUAAUUGUAAUGGGCAUGCUCAUCUUACGGACAAUUUCCAAUAUGAAGGUUAUAGUUUGAACCUCCCUCGGAGGAAUCAGCUUGAUAUGAUGGUUGGAAACCAAAGUUAUGUGCCCUUUAAUCCUCUAGAAACCAAGCCUUUGAAUAUUGUUGUACCCGAUGAAGUCUCAUACAUAUCUCCACCAAAUUAUUAUAAGAGAGUUGGCUUGAAUAAAACCAAUAGGGAAACUCCAACCACUAGAAGAACAUUCAAAGUUCGGAAGAAGUCCAACAUAGUGAAGGGACAAUGGACAGCAGAUGAAGAUAGAUUGUUGAUUCAACUGGUGGAACAAUAUGGAGUGAGGAAGUGGUCUCAUAUUGCUCAGACAUUGCCUGGAAGAAUAGGGAAACAAUGCAGAGAAAGAUGGCAUAACCAUUUAAGGCCUGACAUUAAGAAGGACAUAUGGACAGAAGAAGAGGAUAAGAUACUUAUCCAAGCUCAUGCAGAGAUAGGAAAUAAGUGGGCUGAGAUUGCAAAAAGAUUGCCAGGAAGAACUGAGAACUCAAUCAAAAACCAUUGGAAUGCAACCAAGAGAAGGCAAUAUUCCAAAAGAAAAUGUCGUUCAAAGUAUCCUAGAGGCUCUCUUCUUCAGGAAUAUAUCAAGAGCUUGAACUUGGACCAAAAUCCACCGAUAGACUACAGAAAAAAAUCUGUUGUUAAGGCAAAUGCUAAUGCCAAGACAAACAAUACUAGCACAAGGAAAGCAACAUCUCAGCCUCACACUGCAGAUCAAUUUUGUCCCAAUAACCGAUUGGUGCCAAAUUAUGAAUUUAAUGAGGUCCCAGAUAUUUGUUUGGAUGAUAAUUUGUUUGAAGAGGGGUGUAGUAUUGAUUCUCUUCUAGAUGAUAUGCAAAGUGCUUCUACUGUGGAUGAGAAAGAUUUUGAUGGAAAAAUGCUAUUUAACGUUGAUGACCAUCAUGAGACAGAUAUGCCACAGGAGAUGAUGGCACCUAAUGUGGGGAUUGAAGUUAAGAAGGAACUGGAUUUGGUAGAGAUGAUGACCUAG